AUGGCAGGCACCCCGCCCGAGUCUAAGAAGGAGACCGCUGUGCCUAAUCCAGCGGCUGCUGCUGCCACUGCCCAGCCGUCCUCUGAUGAAUCUCUCGGGGGUGGAAAGGAGGCAGCACAUGUCGGACUUGAGGGUGAUGACAAAAUCGAACGACAUCCCGAGGAUGGCAAGGCCGACGAUGAAGCCGAUGACAAAAGGGCAGGCCUCAGCCGCUUAAAGAGCUAUGCCACGGCAACCAGCGUGACCAGCACAACAAGCAACCCCCAGGCCAAGCAGAAGCCAUGGUAUCAGCAGCCGAACCCCUUGCGCUGGGGCAAGAUCCCGCAGGUGCCCAAGGAGAGACAGGUGUGUCCCGAGCACACAGCUGGCUUCUUCAGCUCGUUGUUCUUUUUCUGGAUGGGCCCAUUGAUGCAGACGGGCUACAAGCGGCCGCUCGAGCUCAAUGACCUCUACAGCAUCAAUCCAGACCGGGCAGUUGAUCCGCUGACGGAAAAGAUGCGCGAAUCGUUUAAGCGGCGCGUUGUAAAUGGCGAAAAAAAUCCCCUGCUCUGGGCCAUCCAUGAGACUUUCUUCAAGCAGUUUUGGAUAGGCGGGCUUUGCAACCUCUCCUCGUCCAUAUUGAUGGUCAUGUCGCCCUACACCCUUCGCUAUCUCAUCCAGUUCUCCACCGACGCCUACAUCGCCAGUGGUCGGGGACUCCCUCCCCCGCACAUUGGAGAGGGCCUAGGCCUGGUCUUUGGCGUAACAGCCAUGCAGAUGCUCCAGAGCUUGGGAACGAAUCAGUUUAUCUACCGCGGCAUGCUCGUCGGUGGCAUGGCGAGAGCGUCUCUGAUCAGCUUGAUCUACGAGAAGUCCAUGGUCAUUUCUGGGCGUGCCAAAGCUGGAGGGGAGGAUCUCAUCUCUGACUCACCCUCGACCAUACCAGGCGAGAAAGACACCAAAGAAAAGAAGGACAGCAAAGAGAAGAAGGGUAAACGAGACGCUGCUAAACCCGCACCAGGCGUAGCUGGCGACGGCAUCGGGUGGGGCAACGGGAGAGUGGUCAACAUAAUGAGCGUCGACACUUACCGGAUAGACCAGGCCGCGGGGCUGUUCCAUAUCAUCUGGACUGCCCCUAUUGCUUGCAUCAUUACGCUUGUCAUGCUUCUCAUCAACUUGACAUACAGCGCGUUGGCGGGCUUCGCCCUUCUCGCUAUAGGAAUCCCCGUCCUCACCAACCUUAUCAAGGGCCUCUUCAUUCGCAGAAAGGCGAUCAACAAGAUCACGGAUCAGAGAGUAAGCCUGACGCAGGAAAUUCUGCAAUCAGUACGCUUCGUCAAGUUCUUUGGCUGGGAAAGCUCCUUUCUCAACAGACUGGACGAGUUUCGAAACCGUGAGAUCUUGGGUAUCCAGAUAUUGCUGGCUAUUCGCAACGCAAUAAUGGCUGUCAGCUUGUCGCUUCCCAUUCUCGCAUCCAUGCUCUCCUUUAUUACCUUCUCCCUGACUCAUCACGAUCUUGCUCCGGCCGAAGUCUUCUCUUCGCUUGCCCUGUUCAACGGGCUCAGAAUGCCUCUGAAUCUGCUUCCUAUGGUCAUCGGCCAGGUGACAGAUGCAUGGUCGUCUCUCAUGCGGAUCCAGGAGUUCUUGUUGACCGAGGAGCGCUCGGACGAAGCCACGUUUAAGCCCGAUACUCCAAGUGCGGUUGAGAUGCAUAAUGCUUCGUUUACCUGGGAGAGGACCCCGACGCAAGAGGCAGAGGCUACUGUAGGUGGUGCUUCCAAGGCAAAGCAAUCCAAGUCUUCCACUGGCGCCUCGAAGAAUGCAAAGCAGUCGUCCUCGCCCGCCGAUAGUGGAGCGGAAGACGCGAGCACGCUUGUCGAAGAACGCGAACCCUUCAAGCUUCACGACAUCAAUUUCGAAAUCGGCAGAAACGAGCUUGUUGCUGUCAUUGGCACCGUUGGCAGCGGCAAAACCUCGUUGCUUUCUGCUCUGGCUGGCGAUAUGCGACGGACGAAUGGCGAAGUCGUCCUAGGCGCCUCAAGAGCCUUUUGCCCGCAGUAUGCCUGGAUCCAGAACGCAACAUUAAGGGAUAAUAUCCUGUUCGGAAAAGAGAUGGAUACAGAAUGGUAUUCCGAGGUUAUUCGGGCUUGCGCAUUACAGCCGGAUCUAGAUAUGUUGCCGAACCACGACCUGACAGAGAUCGGUGAAAGAGGUAUCACGAUCUCGGGUGGGCAGAAGCAACGGCUGAAUAUCGCCCGCGCCAUCUACUUUGAUGCCGACAUCGUCUUGAUGGAUGACCCCCUUAGUGCCGUAGACGCCCACGUCGGCCGUCAUAUCUUUGACAACGGCAUUCUUGGCUUACUUAAGGACAAAUGCCGGAUCCUGGCCACUCACCAGCUUUGGGUCCUAAGCCGCUGUGACCGAAUUAUCUGGAUGGAAGCUGGCAAAAUCCAAGCCAUCGACACCUUCGAUAAUCUUAUGAAAAACUCGGAAGGGUUCCAGCAGCUCAUGGAUUCCACUGCAGUCGAAGAGAAGAAGGACAAAGCCGAGAUUGCCACCGUCCCGGGCGACAACGGCCAAACCAAGAAACAUAAGAAAAGCAAGGGCUUGAUGCAGUUAGAGGAGCGCGCUGUUUCAAAUGUGCCUUGGUCAGUCUACGUGUCCUAUGUCAAGGCGUCUGGCAGCAUCCUCAAUGCCCCGCUGGUUUUUUUCCUCUUGGUCAUCUCGCAGGGCGCCAAUAUUGUGACUAGCUUGUGGCUUUCGUAUUGGACGUCAGAUAAGUUCGGAUUUUCAAUGGGCACGUAUAUUGGCGUAUACGCGGCCCUCGGGGUUACACAGGCACUACUGAUGUUUGCGUUCAUGGUUUGUCUCUCUAUUGUCGGCACCACCGCCAGCAAGUCCAUGCUCCGACGCGCCAUCACGCGGGUACUGCGUGCGCCCAUGUCGUUCUUCGACACGACGCCCCUUGGCCGUAUUACCAACCGCUUCAGUCGCGACGUCGACGUCAUGGACAACACUUUGACAGACGCGUUGCGAAUGUAUUUCUUCAGCAUCGGCGGUAUUAUUUCCGUUUUUGCACUGAUUAUCUCCUUCUUUCACUACUUUGCCAUCGCGCUCGUCCCGCUGUUCGUCCUGUUCCUCUUUGCAACGAGCUACUACCGUCACUCGGCGCGAGAGGUCAAGCGCUUCGAGUCCGUCCUCCGAUCAAACGUCUUCGCCAAGUUUGGAGAGGGCUUGUCUGGAGUUGCUUGCAUCCGGGCCUACGGACUGGAGAACCGAUUCAUCGCUGAUCUACGCCGUGCCAUUGACCAAAUGGACUCUACUUACUACCUUACCUACUCAAACCAGAGGUGGCUGUCGGUGCGGCUCGACAUGAUCGGAAACGCCCUUGUCUUCACGACUGGCAUUUUGGUUGUGACAUCUCGGUUCUCCGUCUCCCCCUCAAUAGGCGGUCUGGUCUUGUCAUACAUCCUGUCCAUCGUCCAGAUGAUCCAAUUCACCAUACGUCAGCUGGCCGAGGUAGAGAACGGUAUGAAUGCUGUCGAGCGCAUCCAGUACUACGGCAACGAGCUCGAUGAAGAAGCCCCGCUCAAGACUAUUGAAGUUCGCCAAAGCUGGCCAGAAAAGGGCGAGAUUAUCUUUGACGACGUCCAGAUGCGGUACCGUCCCGGGCUUCCACUGGUAUUACAGGGGCUCAGUAUACAUAUUCGUGGCGGCGAGCGCAUCGGCAUUGUUGGGCGCACUGGAGCAGGUAAAAGCUCCAUCAUGUCGUCACUAUUCCGGCUCGUUGAGCUCUCGGGCGGCCACAUCACUAUUGAUGGGCUCGAUAUUUCUACCAUCGGUCUGCAAGAUCUGCGAUCUCGCCUCGCCAUUAUACCCCAGGACCCCACCCUUUUCCGCGGGACCAUACGCAGCAAUCUAGAUCCUUUUGGCGAACAUACAGAUCUGGAGCUGUGGGGUGCACUUCGGCAGGCCGACCUUGUCCCGGCAGAUGGCGGCCCCAAGCCAUCGCCUGCGGGAGAUCCAAGUUCGUCGGACGGCGAUGUGGUUGCAACCCGGGACCCCAGCCGCAUCCACCUUGACACGAUUGUCGAGGAAGAAGGCCUCAACUUCUCCCUCGGUCAGCGCCAGCUGAUGGCGUUGGCGCGUGCGCUAGUACGUGGUUCGCAAAUCAUUGUGUGUGACGAGGCUACAUCAAGCAUUGAUAUGGAGACGGAUGACAAGAUCCAGGCCACCAUUGCCCAUGGCUUCCGGGGAAAGACGCUCCUCUGCAUUGCGCAUCGUCUCCGCACCAUCAUUGGCUACGACCGCAUCUGCGUCAUGGACCAAGGCCGAAUCGCAGAGAUGGCCACGCCGCUCGACCUAUGGAAGAUUCCCGGGGGGAUAUUCCGGGGCAUGUGCGACCGCAGCGGUAUCCGCGUGGAGGACAUCAGAGGCGCAAAAGAGAAGAUGGGUGCUCGAGAUGCGAAACAAGAUGCCGAGGACGUCAGCGAAGGCCAGGACGAAGAAGGACAGCCAUCUGAGAAGAAAGUGGAGUAA